ACGUGAACUGGGGCUCGUCCACUCAGGCCGUGACGUUUGUCAGCGCGGUCAACAAUGCUCUGUCACUGACCGGAGUAGAGGACCACAUUAAGAACUUCAGACCUCAGUGUAUAGUGCUGACAGGAGCACCUAAGAACAGACCAGCCCUCCUGGACCUGGCUCAUUGCUUCACUAAGAACUACGGACUCUGUCUCACAUGUGAAGUCUUUGUGGGCCCCAGAACAGAGACAUUGACAGAUGUGAACGCUGGAAUGGAGAAGAACCAGAUGUGGCUGAAUAAGAAGAAGAGGAAAGCCUUCUACGCUGCCGUGGCCUGUGACUCCUUCAGACAGGGAACUGAGAACCUCCUGCAGUCUUCAGGUCUGGGUCGUCUGAAACCCAACAUUCUGAUGAUGGGCUUCAAGAAGGACUGGAGGACAGCAGACACAGCCGACGUACAGAGCUAUGUAGGAGUACUGCACGAUGCAUUUGACUUUGAGUACGGAACCGUGGUACUAAGGAUGAACCAGGGACUGGACAUCUCACAUAUCAUAAAGGCUCAAGAGGAGAUGGAGAGAGAGGCCCAGGAGCAGAAGGAUCUGGAGAAAGAAGAGCUGGCUGAGGAGAAUAAGGGGAAAUCCAUCUUCAGGAAGUCACGGAAGUUAUCUACACAAGGCCUCACUUCGAGAGCAUCCGUGAAGACCCCGCAGUCUCCCCAAGCAGUGGUGGUGAAUGAAAGGCUGGUGUCCACCAGCACUCAGUUCCAGAGGAAACAGGGCAAAGGAACCAUCGACGUUUGGUGGAUGUUUGAUGACGGAGGUCUAACCCUACUGCUGCCCUACAUUCUGACCACCCGUAAGAAGUUCAAGGACUGUAAGAUGAGGAUCUUCAUCGCUGGCCAGCAGGGACGCACCGAGCAGGACAGACACGAGAUGAAGUCUCUGCUGGAGAAGUUCAGGAUCAAAUAUGCAGACAUCCACGUCAUCGAUGACAUCACCCAAAACCCCAACACUAGCAGCUGGAAGAUGUUUGAGGACAUGAUCGAGCCGUUCCGUCUUCACGAGGGGUCAAAGAGCACCACUCUGGCCGAGGCUCUGAGGAAAGACAACCCCUGGAAGAUCUCUGACGCCGAGCUGGACACCUUCGAGGAAAAGACCAACCUCCAGGUCAGGCUGAAUGAACUACUGCAGGAGAACUCCCGAGCUGCCAACCUCAUCAUAGUGAGUAUGCCUAUCGCCCGUCUAGGCUCAGUCUCUGACCACCUCUACAUGGCCUGGUUGGACAUCCUCACCAAGAACCUCCCUCCCACCAUAUUGAUCAGAGGCAACCACAAGAGCGUCCUCACCUUCUACUCAUAGACCAACCCUCUCAGCAGUCACUAGAUGGCCAUGCCACAAGGGACAACCAUGGCACUGUCAUCACUAUCCACGAGUUAGUUGCUAUUAGUUUCAAUUAAAAGGUUAUGGUUAGGGAUAAGGUUAUGGGAAAGGUUGAAGUUUCGAAAGUGAUGCACUUCCGUCUUUUCUAGCAUGACCACAAAGUGACGAUGCAAAACACAGACAUAUGGACACACGGACAGGAAACUGCCUGGGAUGGGUCAGUUACACUGCCAGUGUCUAUGCUGCACUCUGUUGGAAUUGUACAUGUGGUGCAUAAUUGGGGGUCCAAACCCCGAAUCGGGCUGGAACACUCGUACUAUUAUAUUUGAGUCAUGUAACAGAAGCUCUUAUCCAGAACAACUUACAGUUAGUGUUAUUGUCAGGGAUAUUAUUAUUCUGACAUAUUAUUAUUAUUCCAAUUUUAAGAGAGCUAUAGCUCUUAAAUAGUUAGACCUACAGAGACCAAACUUGGUGGGAUGUUGUAAAUUGGUGGCCCAAUACAUCUGGUAAAUCUUUGGUAUAUGACACAGAGUACAAGGACCGGGAUGUUAGAUAAACAGACUGGUCCCAGGCUAGUUGGAGCCCCCGGCUGGCUAUGCAUCUCAAUACUGUAUACUUUUUCCUUAAGUGUACGCUUGUCCACUACCCACAUAGUGGUCCUCUGUAGCUCAGUUGGUAGAGCAUGGUGCUUGCAAUGCCAGGAUAGUGGGUUCGAUACCCGGGAUC